UCCAUCCCCUGUCGAAAGCGACGAGGUGCAAACCCAGCGGAGAACUUGCCAGUUGUCAUUCGGAGCUCAUUGCAAGCGGACUGCCCACGUGAAAAAUAUAGUUUCGGUUCGGGAUUGCAUCAUUCAAGACUUAGUCGGACGGACUACUACUACUCGAGUCCAAGGAGUUCCCCGACUCACCCUCGGAAAAUAUCCACGAAAUGGCGGCCGGUGUCUUCAAGAGCUUUAUGCGAGACUUCUUUGCGGUGAAAUACGACGACCAGCAGAAUGAUCCCCAAGCGGAACGACUUGAUGGCAAUGGCCGGCUUUAUCCCAAUUGCUCCUCGGAUGUUUGGCUGAGAUCUUGCGAGCGGGAGAUAGUGGAUCCCAUCGAGGGUCAUCAUAGUGGACACAUUCCGCAAUGGAUUAGUGGCAGCUUGCUGCGAAAUGGACCUGGCAGCUGGAAGGUUGGGGACAUGACCUUUGGCCAUCUCUUCGACUGUUCGGCUUUGUUGCAUCGAUUUGCCAUUAAAAAUGGAAGAGUUACCUACCAGAAUCGGUUUGUGGACACGGAAACGUUGCGAAAGAAUCGUUCUGCUCAAAGGAUUGUGGUCACUGAAUUUGGAACGGCUGCUGUCCCGGAUCCUUGCCACUCAAUCUUCGAUAGAUUUGCUGCCAUUUUUCGUCCCGACAGCGGCACAGAUAAUUCAAUGAUUUCCAUUUAUCCCUUUGGAGAUCAGUAUUAUACUUUUACUGAGACACCUUUUAUGCAUAGAAUCAAUCCCUGUACCUUGGCCACCGAAGCUCGCAUCUGCACCACCGACUUUGUGGGCGUGAUAAACCACACUUCGCAUCCACAUGUCCUGCCCAGUGGCACUGUCUUUAACUUGGGAACCACAAUGACCCGAUCUGGACCGGCUUACACCAUCCUCUGUUUUCCGAACGGAAGGCACAUGUUCGAGGACGCUCAUGUGGUGGCCACGUUGCCUUGCCGAUGGAAAUUACAUCCUGGUUACAUGCACACUUUCGGGUUGACGGAUCACUACUUUGUGAUUGUGGAGCAACCACUGUCUGUUUCCCUCACGGAGUACAUCAAAGCCCAGUUGCAUGGCCAGAAUCUAUCCGCUUGUCUCAAGUGGUUCGAGGAUCGACCGACACUCUUUCACCUUAUCGACAGGGUUUCGGGAAAACUGGUGCAGACCUACGAAUCCGAGGCCUUCUUCUAUCUGCACAUUAUCAAUUGCUUCGAACAGGAUGGCCAUGUGGUGGUGGACAUCUGCAGCUACAGGAAUCCCGAGAUGAUCAACUGCAUGUACCUCGAUGCCAUUGCCAAUAUGCAAACUAAUCCUAAUUAUGCCACUCUCUUCCGGGGACGUCCUUUGAGAUUUGUCCUGCCUUUGGGCACCGUUCCUCCAGCAAGUUCCGGAAAGAGAGGUUUGGUGAAGUCCUUUUCCCUGGCUGGCUUGAGUUCUUCUCAGGUUAACCGAACCAUGAAGCACUCGGUUUCGCAAUAUGCCGAUAUAACCUAUAUGCCCACCAAUGGCAAACAGGAAAAUCCUGAUGAGGAGAGCCCGAAAAGAGAUCCCAAACGAGGUCGCUACGAGGAGGAGAACCAGAUUAAUCUGGUGACCUUGGAGGGCAGCCAGGCGGAGGCUUUUCAAGGAACAAGUGCAAUCUUCCUGCGUCCUGAAAUGCUUUGUGAUUGGGGUUGUGAAACACCCAGGAUCUAUUACGAAAAACAUAUGGGCAAGAACUAUAGGUAUUUUUAUGCCAUAAGCUCCGAUGUGGAUGCAGAGAAUCCGGGAACGCUAAUCAAAGUGGAUGUAAAGAACAAGACGUGUUUGACCUGGUGUGAAGACAACGUGUAUCCCAGUGAACCCAUAUUUGUGCCCUCUCCAGAUCCUCAAUCCGAGGACGAUGGCGUUAUCUUGGCCUCCAUGGUGGUGGGGGGACUCAACGAUCGAUACGUGGGUCUCAUUGUUCUGUGUGCCAAAACCAUGACAGAGUUGGGUCGUUGUGAUUUCCAUACCAAUGGACCAGUGCCAAAGUGUCUCCAUGGAUGGUUUGCCCCCAAUGCUGUUUAGAAUCUUUUUCCAACUCCUUAAAAGGGAUCAUCCCAGCCAGUAUUAAACAUAGAAUUAGACUAGUGACUUUUGUAUUAGCUUAAAACUUUGGAUUCAAUACAUUUGCAAUAAACUCCUGCCAUUUGCGCUGGAAAACCCGA